AUGCCGAAAUUCUUCUGCGACUACUGCGAUGUCUAUCUCACGCACGACUCGAUGAGCGUGCGCAAAGCCCACAACACUGGACGCAACCACCUGCGCAAUGUGAUCGACUACUACCAACAAAUCGGCCACGAAAAAGCCCAAUCAGUCAUCGACUCCAUCACCUCCUCCUACGCCGCCGAGGGCCAAGCCCACGCCAACCCCAUGCUCCCACAGAACCAACCCGGCGGCGGCCUCAGCGGCAUCGGCGCCUUCCCGCCUCCACUGCCCUUCGCCUUCCCCCCGGGCGGCAUGCCCCCUCCCUUCCCAGGCAUGCCCGGCGGCCUACCGCCCCCCCCGCCCGGCGCCUUCGCCCCCCACCCCGGCGGCCCCGGCGGUGCGCGCGGCAUGCCGCCGAUGCCGCCCUUCAUGCCCAACCCUGCCGGCGGACCGCCCAUCCCCGCCCCGCCGGGAGCGGCCGGCGGCAUGCCGCCCUUCCCCCUGCCGCCCGGAAUGCCGCCCUUCCCGCCACCGGGCGCCGCUGGCUCGCCGCCCGCCAACUUCCCGUUCCCGCCGCCCAUGGCGCCUCACUUCGGCCAUGGGGGGCCGCCGGGACAGGGGGACAGGGAUAGGAGGUGA